AUGCACAAACUCGAACGCUCGAAAUCAUCUGGAGCGCUUAUCCUGGAAGAGCAACCCUUGCACAUCCACGGUAAACUGGUCCGUAAAGUAUACGCAUCUGGUUGUGAGUUCAUCGAAUGGAGUCCAGAGUUACGAUCGGCGAUACGUGAGCUUUGGGCCGAUGGUGGUAUCAGAAAGACGUAUAAAUUGAGGAACAACUUUCAUAUUAGUGAAAGCGCUGAGUAUUUCUUCAACGAGUUGGAUCGAAUUUCAAAGAAGAACUAUAGACCAUCAUUACUGGACAUUUUGCAUACCCGUGUACCAACUUCCGGAGUUGUGCAGUUCUACUUCACAAUAAAAGGCAUAAAUUUCGAGUAA